AUGUUACGAAGGAGUCAAAGCACUGCCGGUGCUUCCAUGCUAGCGCAGGCUCGUGAGACUCGCAGACAAAGGUCCCUCACCACACGCCCCAAACUUCAACAUCAUUUCGUCAACACUAGCGAGGCCAAACAGGCUGAAGAGGCCGGCAAGCAGUUUGAGCAGAUGCACGGUUACCCUGCGAGAACGGAGCAAAUCCAGUCCGUGGUGGAUUUACUCAAUGAAUGCACAACAUUCUUAUUGGCCGGAACCGGAUUUGGGAAGAGUUGUGUCCCUGGAAUGUUCUAUCACGUGCACGAUCCCACUUCGUCACCCAUCAUCCUCUGCAUCAACCCGUUGGACACACUUGGAGAUGAUCAGGUUAGUAGUGUCACUCACGGCACUUUCGCUUACUGA